GGCAUUACAACCUCAACGUUUUGAAUCAGGCUUAUUAAGUUGUUUUUUAAAGUUUACAGAAGCACACUUGUCUGUUGAAAUACUAAGUUAUGGUGGUGAUACUCACCUGCACAUAACAUGUAACGGAAAUUCUAUAGCAAUAACUGAUGCUAAAGAACUAAAACAUAUUAUUUGCGUGAGAGCUUACAAUAUGACGUUUACAACAGCAGCUUCAUCAAGUCUGACUUUGAUCCAGCUCACACCGACAUCGAAAGACACAAUAUUGAAUAUUGAAUGUACAAAAUUGAGAGGAACAAACACUACAACUGGUUCACAAAGUACUAGCACUUCAACAGUGACUACAACACAAACUACUAGCAUGACCACACAAAGUUCACAAAGUACUAGCACUUCAACAGUGACUACAACACAAACUACUAGCAUGACCACACAAAAUGGCAGUACAAAACCUACGGCAGACACUUAUGCUACGAACAAGGGUAGUAUCUAA